AUGUUUCCAACAGUGAUACUCCUAAUCUUCUGCAGUUUUCUGCAGUCUGCUGCUUUUGAAGGAAAUUAUUGGCCCAAAUUCGUUCUCCAAAAACAGAAAGAAUCUCUACAAAGAGUUCUGAGCAAGGAUUCCUGUUCCACCUGGGGAGGAGGACAUUUUUCCACCUUUGAUAAAUACCAGUACGACUUCACCGGGACCUGCAACUACAUCUUUGCAACUGUAUGUGAUGAAAGCAGCCCAGACUUCAACAUUCAGUUCCGCCGUGGGCUGGACAAAAAGAUCAAGAGGAUCAUUAUUGAGCUGGGCCCUGCUGUGGUCAUCGUUGAGAAAGGCACCAUUUUUGUCAGGAAUGUCGGCAUCAUCCAGUUGCCUUACACCAGCAAUGGAAUCCAAAUAGCACCUUAUGGACGCAACAUCCGCCUGGUGGCCAGGCUGAUGGAGAUGGAACUGGCUGUCAUGUGGAAUAACGAUGACUACCUCAUGGUUUUGGCUGAAAGAAAAUACAUGGGGAAAAUGUGUGGGAUGUGUGGAAAUUAUGAUGGUUAUGAACUGAAUGAAUUUGUGAGUGAAGGUAAAUCUCUGGAUACAUACAAAUUCGCUGCGUUACAGAAGAUGGAUGAUCCAUCUGAGAUCUGCCUGUCUGAGGAGAUCUCCAUCUCCACCCUUCCUCACAACAAAUAUGCCAUGAUCUGCUCCCAGCUUCUUAACUUGGUGUCACCAACUUGCAGCGUGCCAAAGGAUGGGUUUGUUGUUCGUUGCCAGAUGGAUAUGCAGGACUGCAGUGAGCCAGGGCAAAACAACUGCACAUGCCCUACACUGUCAGAGUACUCAAGGCAGUGUGCUAUGUCCCACCAAGUGGUAUACAACUGGAGGACUGAAAACUUCUGCUCUGUGGGAACCUGUUCUGCCAACCAGAUCUAUGAGGAAUGUGGUUCUCCAUGCAUUAAAACCUGUUCCAACCCAGAGUACAGUUGUUCCAGUCACUGUACCUAUGGCUGCUUUUGUCCAGAAGGAACUGUCCUUGAUGACAUCUCAAAGAACAGAACUUGUGUUCACGUUGAGCAGUGUCCAUGCUCACUGAAUGGGCAAACAUAUGCCCCUGGAGAGACCAUGACAGCAGCCUGCAGGACCUGCACAUGCCUGAUGGGUCAAUGGAACUGCAAAGAGUUGCCCUGCCCUGGAAGGUGUUCACUGGAAGGAGGCUCCUUUGUGACCACAUUUGAUUCUAGAUCGUACAGGUUCCAUGGAGUGUGCACUUAUGUUCUUAUGAAGAGCUCCAGCCUGCCACACAACGGAACCCUGAUGGCUGUGUAUGAGAAGUCUGGGUACUCCCAUUCUGAGACGUCCCUGAGUGCUCUCAUUUACCUAUCUUCAAAGGACAAAAUUGUGAUUUCUCAGAAUGAACUCCUUACUGAUGAUGAUGAACUUAAGAAGCUCCCUUACAGAUCAGGAGACAUCACUAUCUUCAGGCAGUCCUCCAUGUACAUUCACAUGCAUGCAAGCUUCGGGCUGGAGCUUGUGGUUCAAACCUCACCUGUGUUCCAGGCCUAUGUGAAAGUGGCAUCACAGUACAGAGGCAGGACCCGGGGUUUGUGUGGCAAUUACAAUGGGGACACUACAGAUGACUUCAUGACCAGCAUGGACAUCAUUGAAGGGACAGCCUCCCUCUUUGCUGAUUCCUGGAGGGCAGGGAAUUGCCAUCCUGCUCUGGAAAGAGACACCGACCCUUGUGCUUUGAGCCAGCUGAACAAAAUUUCUGCUGAGACUCAUUGCUCUGUUCUUACCAAGAAGGGUACAGUGUUUGAGAAGUGCCAUGCUGUGGUGAACCCUCUGCCUUUCUACAAGAGAUGUGUCUACCAAGCCUGUAAUUAUGAAGAGACCUUUCCUUACAUCUGUUCUGCUCUGGGAUCAUAUGCAAGAACAUGCAGUUCAAUGGGCUUAAUCCUUGAGAACUGGAGAAACAUCAUGGACAACUGCACCGUUACUUGUACUGGCAACCAAACAUUCAGCUACAACACUCAGGCAUGUGACAGGACAUGCUUGUCCCUCUCCAACCGAGCCCUGGAGUGCCACCCAACUGACAUCCCUAUUGAAGGCUGCCACUGUCCUGAAGGAACCUACUUGAACCACAAGAGCGAGUGCGUGCGGAAAUCUCACUGCCCCUGCUAUCUAGAUGACCGAAAGUACAUCCUACCUGACCAGUCCACAGUCACUGCUGGGGUGACCUGCUACUGUGUUAAUGGGAGGCUCAGCUGCACAGGCAAACUUCAAGAUCCUGCAGAAAACUGCAAAGCUCCUAAGAAAUACAUAUCAUGUUCUGACAACUUGGAAAACAAGUAUGGAGCUGCCUGUGCCCCCACCUGUCAGAUGCUGGCUACUGGAAUUGAUUGUAUCCCCACCAAAUGCGAGUCAGGCUGUGUCUGUGCCGAUGGGCUCUACGAGAACCUGGACGGCAGAUGUGUGCCGGCUGAGGAGUGUCCCUGUGAAUACGGGGGCCUGGCCUAUGGGAAAGGUGAACAGAUCCACACCGAGUGCGAGAUCUGCACUUGCACAAAAGGCAAAUGGAAAUGUGUGCAGAAAUCCAGGUGCUCCUCAACAUGUAACCUGUAUGGAGAAGGUCACAUCACCACUUUUGAUGGGCAGCGCUUUGUGUUUGAUGGCAACUGUGAAUACAUCCUAGCCAUGGAUGGCUGCAGUGUUACCAGACCUGUUUCCUCUUUCAAAAUUGUUACUGAGAAUGUCAUCUGUGGGAGAUCAGGAGUUACCUGCUCCAGAUCCAUCAGCAUUUACCUUGGGAACCUGACGUUCAUCCUGCGAGACGAAGCCUACACUGUUUCUGGAGAGAAUCCUGGGGUGCAUUACAAAGUGAAAGAGAAUGUUCUUCACUUGAUGCUUGACAUCACCAUCCCAGGGAAGUACAACAUGACCAUUAUCUGGAAUAAGCACAUGAAUGUCUUCAUCAAGAUCUCUAGGGAAACACAGGAAACAAUCUGUGGCUUGUGUGGCAACUACAAUGGCAACAUGAAGGAUGAUUUCCAAACUCGAAGCAAAUAUGUGGCAUCAAAUGAGCUGGAGUUUGUCAACUCUUGGAAGGAGAAUCCUCUCUGUGGAGAUGUCUACUUUGUAGUGGACCCCUGCAGCAAGAACCCUUACCGGAAAGCGUGGGCAGAAAAGACUUGUUCCAUCAUCAACAGCCAGGUCUUCUCUGCCUGCCACAAUAAGGUCAAUCGCAUGCCCUACUACGAGGCCUGCGUGCGGGACUCGUGCGGCUGUGACAUUGGAGGGGACUGUGAGUGCAUGUGUGAUGCCAUCUCGGUGUAUGCCAUGGCAUGCCUGGAGAAGGGCAUCUGCAUCGACUGGAGGACCCCCGAGUUCUGCCCUGUCUACUGUGAGUAUUACAACUCUCACACAAAAGCAGGAGAUGGGGACAGUUACUCCUCUGACUACAACCAUGAGAACUGCAGCUGGCACUACAGGCCUUGUAAUUGCCCAAAUCAGAACUACAAAUAUGUCAACACUGAAGGCUGCUACAACUGCUCUCAUGAUGAAUACUAUGACUAUGAUGAGGAGAGAUGCAUGCCCUGUGGACAUGAAACCACUACGACCACACCUGAAACAUCUCCACCUUCAGCAGUAACAACAGUGCAGCCUGAAGAAACUGGAAGCUCUACCACGAGUUCACUGCCAACAGUCCCCAGUGUUGCUUCUUCUGCAGUCACUGCAUCAGCUGAGACCACAAGUCCAACAACAACCUCAAAAACCACAGUUCCAAAUUCACCAGCAUCACCUCUAGUCACUACCCAGCCUACAACUGAGAGUGAGGGAACCCAGUCAACCACUCUGCAGCAGCAGGUUGCAGUAGUUACCCAAAGAUCACCAACAGAGGCACAGCAAGAACUCAACACACAGAAAACCACCCCUGCCACAUCCACCAGCAGCACCUCUGGCCCUGUCAGCAGCCCAGAAGUCCCACUGACCAGGAUAUCUCCAAGCCCUAGCUCUUUACCUGCCACCUCAGCCUCAACUUCUUCCAUCACCCCAGCUGUGUUCUCAACAUCACUGAGACCUGCAAGGGAGCCAACCAGAGCUCAGACUCCAACUAGUAAAGUAGUACCAGCCUCCACCCAGGAAAGGACAACUCUGCCACCUCUGACCACACACAAGACCAGCACCAGCACCGCUGCCAGCACCACCUCCAGCACCACUGUCUCCAGACAGGCAACCUCCACCAGCAGCACACAAGGGCCUCUCACAAGCACAGCUCCAAAUCCCAGCUCUCCUCCUGCCCCCAGCAGCCCCCUCAGCACCUGGAGCACAUCUCCCACCACUUCCACACUCUCCUCCUCUGCAGCACCCACAAGCAACAGCCCCAAGCCUACACCUACGACCUCCUCUACAGCCAAGACCAGCACCGUGCCAUGGGCUGCUUCUUCUCCUGCCUCAGCUGUGUCCUCAGUGUGGACAAGCUCCUCACAGUCUGCCUCCACUCAGGAAAGGACAACCAAGCCACACACUCUGCCACCUCUGACCACACACAAGACCAGCACCAGCACCGCUGCCAGCGCCACCUCCAGCACCACUGUCUCCAGACAGGCAACCUCCACCAGCAGCACACAAGGGCCUCUCACAAGCACAGCUCCAAAUCCCAGCUCUCCUCCUGCCCCCAGCAGCCCCCUCAGCACCUGGAGCACAUCUCCCACCACUUCCACACUCUCCUCCUCUGCAGCACCCACAAGCAACAGCCCCAAGCCUACACCUACGACCUUGAGGCCCAAGCCCUCAGCCACAGCAGCAACUGCUCCUAGAGAGACAACAGCAGCAGAGUCCUCUGCACCCUCCACAGCCAAGACCAGCACUGUGCCAUGGGCUGCUUCUUCUGCCUCAGCUGUGUCCUCAGUGUGGACAAGCUCCACACAGCCUGCCUCCACCCAAGAAAGGACAAUUCUGCCACCUCUGUCCACACACAAGACCAGCACCAGCACCGCUGCCAGCACCACCUCCAGCACCACUGUCUCCAGACAGGCAACCUCCACCAGCAGCACACAAGGGCCUCUCACAAGCACAGCUCCAAAUCCCAGCUCUCCUCCUGCCCCCAGCAGCCCCCUCAGCACCUGGAGCACAUCUCCCACCACUUCCACACUCUCCACCUCCACAGCACCCACAAGCAACAGCCCCAAGCCUACACCUACGACCUUGAGGCCCCUGCCCUCAGCCACAGCAGCAACUGCUCCUAGAGAGACAACUGCAGCAGAGUCCUCUGCACCCUCCACAGCCAAGACCAGCACUGUGCCAUGGGCUGCUUCUUCUCCUGCCUCAGCUGUGUCCUCAGUGUGGACAAGCUCCUCACAGGCUGCCUCCACUCAGGAAAGGACAACCAAGCCACACACUCUGCCACCUCUGACCACACACAAGACCAGCACCAGCACCGCUGCCAGCACCACCUCCAGCACCACUGUCUCCAGACAGGCAACCUCCACCAGCAGCACACAAGGGCCUCUCACAAGCACAGCUCCAAAUCCCAGCUCUCCUCCUGCCCCCAGCAGCCCCCUCAGCACCUGGAGCACAUCUCCCACCACUUCCACACUCUCCUCCUCUGCAGCACCCACAAGCAACAGCCCCAAGCCUACACCUACGACCUUGAGGCCCCUGCCCUCAGCCACAGCAGCAACUGCUCCUAGAGAGACAACAGCAGCAGAGUCCUCUGCACCCUCUACAGCCAAGACCAGCACCGUGCCAUGGGCUGCUUCUUCUCCUGCCUCAGCUGUGUCCUCAGUGUGGACAAGCUCCUCACAGCCUGCCUCCACUCAGGAAAGGACAACCAAGCCACACACUCUGCCACCUCUGUCCACACACAAGACCAGCACCAGCACCGCUGCCAGCACCACCUCCAGCACCACUGUCUCCAGACAGGCAACCUCCACCAGCAGCACACAAGGGCCUCUCACAAGCACAGCUCCAAAUCCCAGCUCUCCUCCUGCCCCCAGCAGCCCCCUCAGCACCUGGAGCACAUCUCCCACCACUUCCACACUCUCCUCCUCUGCAGCACCCACAAGCAACAGCCCCAAGCCUACACCUACGACCUUGAGGCCCAAGCCCUCAGCCACAGCAGCAACUGCUCCUAGAGAGACAACUGCAGCAGAGUCCUCUGCACCCUCCACAGCCAAGACCAGCACCGUGCCAUGGGCUGCUUCUUCUCCUGCCUCAGCUGUGUCCUCAGUGUGGACAAGCUCCUCACAGCCUGCCUCCACUCAGGAAAGGACAACCAAGCCACACACUCUGCCACCUCUGUCCACACACAAGACCAGCACCAGCACUGCUGCCAGCACCACCUCCAGCACCACUGUCUCCAGACAGGCAACCUCCACCAGCAGCACACAAGGGCCUCUCACAAGCACAGCUCCAAAUCCCAGCUCUCCUCCUUCCCCCAGCAGCCCCCUCAGCACCUGGAGCACAUCUCCCACUUCUUCUGCAUCCUCCUCCCCAACAGCCUCAACCACUAGCCCAGUUCACGCCCCAGUGUCCCUCUCUACUUCCACAGCAGGGGCUUCUUCCAGCACGACAUACUUGCCCUCCCCCAACACCACCUUUACUCCACAUGUCCAAACCUCCUCACUGGUGCUUCCUACCAGCAUCUCUUCCAAGUCCACUGCAGUUUUGAUCCCAACUGUUUUAUCCACCACCACAACUUCUGCCCCCAGUGUUAUCACUACUGCUUCUACAGAGGCAGUGGGAAGGACCACUCUGCAAACCUCCACACUGACCACCACCCGCACCACAGCAUCUCCCUUCACCUUCAGGCUUUCAACAGCUUCGUCUUCUGCUGUAUCCUCAGCAGUGCUGCAAGACCCUUGCAGAGAGCACAGAUAUGAAGAAACAAUAACUUACAAAGGCUGCUCCGCCAACAUCACCUUAAGCUACUGCGAAGGCUCAUGCCCAUCUGUCACAAAGUUUGAUGUUCAGAAGAUGACGACUGACAGAACAUGCAGCUGCUGUGCCCCACGUCUGGUGGUGAAGCAGCAGGUCCAGCUACCGUGCAAAGACCCAGACAAUCCCAGGCAAAAGCUCAGCACAACAGUGGUUGUGUUCAGGGGCUGUGUGUGCAAUGCUAACAGCUGCGUACUCUAG